AUCAAAGCUGGGAUGUCCCUUCCUUGGAAGACGAAAGACAAGCAAACUCAGGCAGGAACGGAGAGACCCCUUUGCGCUUAAGCCGUCUGUUUUUUUCCCCUUCGUUUCCCUCCGUUGCGCUUUCUCAACUUUCGCAUUUCAUUUUCUGAUAUCAGUCAGGCCUGUUCCUUCGGUCUCCCUUCGCUUCUUGUCCUUUCACGCCAGCACCAGUCAUCUUGCAUUGGGCUCAGUCCGUCACUUUAGCGCCAGCAACGGACCCCGCGAUAAUUGCCUUGCUUCGUCCACCAACUCUCUCCCUCCACUCUGCGUGUUUUGCCCCGCUCCACGAGAAAGCUAUUCUGUCGCAAUUGUCCUCCGCGAAACCAGAACAGACAUACUACAAAGCUCCUUUCCCAUCUCCAAGCGAUUUUACAAUCAUGUCUUCAGCAGCUCCCCACGGCAGCAACAGUGCUUCCAGCACCAAUGGCGUGGUGGACAUCAAGAAUUUGGGUCACGUCGAAACCCCCAAAGUUGAAGGGACAUGGACCGUCGAGAAGGCUCUUGAGAUCUCUCCAGGCACCGCAGGACCUGCGGACGCCGGCUCACCGCUCCCUUACUUCCAUCUGAUUGAGCGCCUCAAGACAACCAAGCGGGAGGGUUGGCGCCGCUUUGGUAUCGCGAGAGGAGAAUCCAUCGCCGACCACAUGUACCGCAUGUCCCUUUUAUCGAUGCUCGCCCCGCCCGCUCUUGCGCCCCGUCUCGAUCUCGCGCGAUGCAUGAAGAUGUGCCUGAUACACGACAUGGCCGAGUCUCUGGUCGGAGACAUCACACCCGUCGAUGGCGUGGCGAAGCCCGAGAAGAACAGACGUGAGGCGGAGACGAUGGACUAUAUCACCAAGAACCUUCUUGGCAGUGUCUACGGCGGUAUCCCAGGUGCCGAGAUUCGCGAGAUCUGGCAAGAGUACGAGGACUCCCAGACCCUCAACAGCCACUACGUACACGAUCUGGACAAGAUGGAGCUGCUUCUCCAGAUGAUGGAGUAUGAGAAGCGCGGGCAGGGCAAGCUUGACUUGGGCGAAUUUGCAUACGUCGCGACCAAGUUCACAUUGCCCGAGACCAAGGAAUGGGCGGACGCUCUGCUCAAGGAGCGCGAACAUUUCUGGGGCACCCAGCAGCACGUCCACGGCGAGGAUGGUAUCGAAGGCGGUGUCCAGGAAGACCGGCGACAGCAGCAAGAUGAUUACUACGAGCGCAAAUGAUGCACGCGCCGAAUAGAUGAUUGAUGAGCGCUAUGCACAGUGGUACCGUACUUGGGUACAGAUAUGUGGGACUGUGAAACCUGCCAGCGGUGUUGGCCACCGUGAACCUAGGCGUCAUUGUGUUGCGGGGGGGAAAUCGAGUUACGGGUCCUGGCACAAGUUGCUUGCAUUACAUGGUGUUGCAUGUAGCAUAUGAUAGAUGAUACCUGGGGCUUAGAGAAAAGCUGGACCAAC